CUUCAACUGGUACCGGAUUGUACUUGAUUAGAUCUUCUGCAAUCAACAGUAACAUUAUCGUCGCGACAGUGGUGCUCUCAACCACUUGGAGAUAGAACUCCCCACGCGUCUACGCACGAAGACCAAUGACCAUACGUCGUGAAGAUGGAGGACAAGAACAUUGCCGACUGGAUGAACACCUCAGACCCCAGCCAACAGAAGGCUAUUGUGGAUGAUAUUGCCGGCAGACUCGAUCUUGCAGCAUUAAAGAUUUCUCAAGUAUUUCUUGGUCUGCAGCCUUAUCUGACCAAUGAAGAUCAACCACUCCCCCAGAUAGCUCAAGCCUUGCGUCUUCUCGCAGACGUUCUAAACCAGCUCCAAGCACCACUUGAUAGAAUCGAUAUACAUCAACUUACUACGUACUUCUGCCAACGUCUCGUCAAUGAAGACCGACUCGGAAGCUUUCGUGCAGGGAUCAAGGAGUGCGCUGAGAUAUUAUCAGCUUUGGCGAAGAUGAAACCAAAAUUCCCUUCUACUGAUGCAAGACUUAUCGCUCAGGCAAUAUUCUCGUUCAACAUAGAAAGAAACUUAAGAGAUCAGAAGGCCGCCACACGUCGAACCCUCUUGGAGCUCCUUGAUACCCUGAUACAAUUAUACAAGCCCAGUCUCAUUAUUAAUGGAAGUUCGAAAGCAUUUGUUGAAGGUGUGGUUUUAAUGGGGGAGUUUGAAAAGGAUCCCACAUGCCUGGGUAUUCUGUUACCCAUGUAUGAAAAGUUGAGCAAAGAGUGGGAGCUCAGUGAAGACGCCCUACUUCUCAUCUGGGAUUCAUUCGUCCGCUAUUACCCAAUCACCAUCAGUGGUCAAAAUGCUUCAGUACCGACCCCGGAUGAUCUAAGACGAUUCCUGUUAAAUUGCUUCAUUUCAAACGACACCUACGCAAAGAAUGCUUUCCCACGACUCAUCGAGCUGCUUGACACUAGUCAAGAUCUAUCCGCAAAUGUCAAGAAUGAGGUUUUCCGUACAAUGGAAACCUGCAUCACGAGUUAUUCCCUCCCAGCAGUCCUCGAAUGGGCUCCAAAAGUUUGGGAUUCUGUGAAAUUCGAGGUAUGGAAUGGGGAAAACGAUGAGUUCAUCCGCGGUGCCCUCAAUGUCAUCCAUGGAAUAACAAGAGCUCUAAGCAGUCAAGCCGACUGGAACGACACUGAAAAUCCAUCUGUCAAGAUCGUUCUUUCAAUAUUGAAUGAAUGCAAAGAGCGUCUAAUCGAUUCUAGACAAAGACACGUAGUUGAAACUGGGAAAAUACUGUAUGCGGUUGCUACAGCAUCCCCGUAUGGCUUUUCUUGGGCCACUAGAAUGCUCCUUCCGUCCAUGUUCACUCACUGGCAGGGCUUAGUGUCAAAAUCUGACAAGACUGCUAUUCUGGGCAUUUUUAACCGCAUCUUGGAGGCACGCUUACUUGUCGAACAAGAACUGGAGGCCAAAUUGAGGGACGAAGCCUCUUCCCAAGCUACGCCGAGAGGUGAUGGCCUUUCACCACCAACCCGGGCCGACUACUUGAGUCAAAGCAAGGACCGGCUUGCCUCUACGCUCAAUGAAACUCGACGAAAUCUUGUCGAUGACAUAUAUUUCAGUGCUAUGACUGAAAAGAUCUCUGAUUCGCCGGAUGGCACGCAAUUCCGAGUAACUACCAUUCAAGGUCUCGUGUUCUUGAUGAGCAUUCAAGACCUUCUCUCGGAUUUCGAGAAAGGUGCCAUCAUUGAAUCCCUUAAUGAGAUCCUUUUACAACCGAAUCAAAUCGACAGUCUGAGCGAAGCAGCAGCGUCGGCUCUCCAAAAGAUUUCCACGGGCGAUCCCGUAAAGUUUCAACAAAUUACUCUAGUAAACUUUAUGAGCAAGCUUCCGAAAAGUAUAUCUGCAGAUAAGCGUCAAAGAAAAUCGGAAUUGGACAGUGUCAUCGACCUCUUGGAUUCUUUAACAAAGAUCGCAUGCACAGCAACUUGCAAUGCAGAAACCGGUCAGUCAGCAACAGAAACAGAUCCGAAACAUUAUGUCUUUGAUGUCUACCAAAAAGCCUUGUUAUCAAAGCUGUUCGAUAUCAUCAAGCAAGAUGGCCAACUUCCAUACGCAAAUGUUAUCUUGGGAGCCAUCUACCGAGGUCUUGUGUCAUUUGAUGGUGUGCUCGAUAAAGAACUAAAGUCAACUCAUUCGGCGAAACCUUUUGUUUCAUCGCUUCACCCAUACGCUUGGAUUCCAUUAACAUUGCUCCAACAGUUUGUUAAGAUCAAGCAUGGCCCGACCAACUCUGAAACCCCAUAUGUGGGACUUGAUUUGCCACUGGAUAAAGAUGAAGUUGUCGACAGAUUUGUUAGUUUGCUGGGCGAUAUCAUCACUUUGGCGCUCCGCUCUAACCAGACAACCGCCGAAAAUAACUUCCUGAACAGUCGCGAUGUACAAAGUCCAAAUGUCUCCAGUCAAAUCUGGUCCCUAUUUGUUGAGAAUGCCCCUGAAAAUCUUAAUAGCACUCAACAGGACUUAAUAUAUGGGCCUGGUGACAAAUGCUUGGCCAGUGCGCUCUCGAUGUCUUUGGUAGCUGGAGUUCGUCGUGAGGAUAAAUCCAGGCUUAAAAUAGACGUUGGCAACGCGGCCCUGGCGAUGAUCAAGAAUGCUACCAGCACCCAAAAUGAGUGUUCUUUGUAUGCUCGUGUCUCGAUGCUGUACUUCCUCCAGCUACUUGUCAACAAGUUCGGUGCUGCUGAGGAGAAAAUUGGAGGUCGUAGCCUUGUUGAGAUCAUGGUGGACCUGAUCCACAGCUGUAACUCGAAUCCCAACGAGCUUGAAGUAGAGCGUUACUACCAAACCCUCUCCUACUUCACGGCUGCAGCCCUCGCUUGUCGUGAUAAGUCUGACCAGACAUUGAUCAGUCUUAUGGUUCAGGGAAUCAAGGAUCCGAAAGCUGGGCGAAAGGUGGCAAGAAGCUUCCGUAUCCUUCUGGGUCCGUCAAAAGUCAUGUGCAAGGAGAACUUCUGUCUCCUGCGUCCAAUUCGACAAGGACGCCUUUUCCAAUUUGCAGUCGAGGAAUUUAUUAAGCUCUGGCGUGCUUAUUCAUUUGAACUACAAGGAGAUCCAAACGCUAAGGAUAUCAAGACCAAUUGCUUGAUUGCUCUCACUGGCUGCCUUGCGUACAUGGACACCAAGGUUUAUCUCAGUCACGUCAAUGAAGUCUUUCCGCUUAUCCUCGAAGGCACGAAUGUGCAGAAUGAUGACUUCACUAAGUUGGCUUGCAUAACCAUCAUUCGCACUCUUGUCCCGGUCUGUCCCGGUGUCAUUGAAUCUCAUCUUGACUCAGUGAUCAACCGUAUGACAGAUCGCACACACAACACAUACUACUCUCCAUCAGAUGCAAACGUCGCUAGCCGUGCAGCCGCUCUUGAAGUUCUGGCUUUGCUUCCUAGACAUAUCGACAAGGUAGCUAUGCUAAAGCGGAAGAACAAGGUUAUAAGUGAGCUGGAUACUGCGUUGGCUGAUGUUUCGAUGGAGGUCCGUACACAGGCUCAAAAGUGCAAGAUGUGGUAUUUCAACCUCGUUGAAUAGGCCACCUUUGCCAAAUGAGAUUAUGGAUUUGAUUUCUUCGGGUGUUAUCAGGCAUUCAAUGACUGCUCGAGGUACGCAUAGCGUGGGCGUUUUACCAUUGUUGUCAGAUCGACUACACGAAAUGGCGUUACGAGUAGAUAGGCAGGCAUAUGGAGGCAUGAAGACCACAUGAUAUCUGAACAAUAAAUUACAGUUGCAUGAAUGAACCCUUUCUGUUUUAUCUCAGACCCGAUCAAGUGAAGAAGUACUAGUGAUGGUAACUCGCACACAUGGUGUAGUAAUUGCUUGCGGCAAUCAUCCUCUGGGAUUAGAUAGUGAUCUUUCUCUCAAGAUAAUAUCUCUGCAAAACGGCCAGGUCAUGUCACAGAAUGCCGUU